UACAAACGUGCAGAUACGAGCUCUAUCUACAGUUUGGUUAAACUGUUGUUAACUGCUAUGUCUCACAAAAAACGCGUCGCUGACCGCGAAGUGUGAAAUGCAUUUAUUUAUAAGUGAUCGGGAGUGCCGUGGAAGUUUUAUUUUAUGUGUGUUGCGAUAUUUAAGAUAACAAUGAGCUGGGAAAUCAGCUGUGCAGAUAUGUGUCGUGCAUGCAUGAAGGUCGAUGGUGUUCUUCUUCCUAUGUAUGAUGACGACACAAUCAGUCAAAAAAAUUUGCCCGACAAACUUGCCGAACUGGCAUCAAUACAGAUCGACAGGUUUGAUGGUCUACCAAAUAUGUUAUGUGCAAAAUGUGCUUAUCGCACGGAUGCAUUUUAUGACUUUAAGCUGCAAGUUCAAGCCACAGAAAAGAAGCUUCGUAAAAUGUUUGAAACACAAAUACGUUGGGCCAUAAAGGAAGAGAUAAUGGUCAACGAUGUCGACCAAGACUGUGAAGAGCAAGCAAACGAGUUGCCGGAAGUGAAAUUCCUAGACAACAAACCGAACAUCAAAUGCAUCAACGACGCAGUCAAUUCGGAGCAAUUUCUGGGCGAUGAAAUAAAUAUCACCAAUAAAGGAGAUCACGUGCUGGAAAUCGACAUGUCUCAGUUGGUGGACGAUGCCGGCGAAUUCAACAAAGCUGACUUGUCCGAACUAAGAAGUAUUCUGAUAUCAAAACUGCCGGAACCAGAAACUGACCAAGAGAAGCAGAUAAAGAGUGAGAUACCGAACGAAAUUUCAAAAAUCCUAGAGUCCCAGCAUUUAGACUACACGAUAAUGUACAUACCGGAAGAAGACGUUUCCUUGGAGCACAUGCAUCCGGAGAACGUUCUUUCCUGCGAAGCAGAGAGUACCAUUAAACUAGAAGACGAAAAGAAACUUCUUUCCGGUGACUGCGACGAAGUUUCGAACGAUUCACCGGACAACGAAGAAUUUCUGAAUCCCGUCUACAUCGAGGACAUGCAAGUCAGCAAAAGGAGCCACGGAAGGCAGCCCUGGGAGUCCCCUAUCCUAGAGAAAACUCCUAGACAAAAAGUAAACGGUAGAAGCAAGCAGAAAGUCUCGCUAGAAUCAAAACCGCAGGCGGAGAGCGACGACUCGGACUCUGACUAUUUCGUUGAUCCCAAAGACAAUAUACUGGGUAGCUUAAACGACACGAUCACCAGAAUAAAAGAGAUCAAGCUCGAGGACAACACGAUACAGUACCAGUGUACCUUAUGUUUACAGAACUACGACAAGCUAACCGGAGUGUUGUUGCACACUAUAGACAACCACGUACCGAGCAGCGGGCCAUUCUUCUGCGUGGUUUGCGAGAAAGACUGCGAGAGUCACAGAGAGCUGCGUGCGCACGUGAAGACGCACACGGGCCAGUUCCCGUACACUUGUUUCAUAUGCAACAAGGCAUACACAAUGAAGAGGUACCUAAAGAGGCACAUGGUGUGUCACACGGACUUCCCAAGACACAGGUGUCCUAAGUGCGGGCUGCGGUUUAUGGUCAAGUCCGAGUUAGAGUCACACAUUUCCACGCACAUUCGCGGAGCGCCUUAUGCUUGCAGCCAGUGCCCCAGGUUGUUCAACCACAAGGGGAACUAUAAGCGACAUCUGAUCAGUCACUUAGACCCGCAAGGUCUCCAUCUACCCAAGUACCCUUGCAAGGUCUGCGGCAAAAGAUUCCUGAACAAUCGCACUCUGGAGACCCACAUGCGCGUUCACACCGGCGAAAAGCCGUUCAAGUGUGACGUAUGCGGCCGGUCCUUCUCACAGCAAGGGAAUCUGCUGAACCACGUCAGAAUCCACUCGAACCCGCGCAGUUACACUUGCGAAGUCUGCGGGAAGAGGUUUAAUCAGAGAGCCACCUUGAGGGAUCAUAGUCUUCUUCACACCGGGGAGAAACCGUACGUCUGUAACGUUUGCGGGAUUGCUUUCACCUUCAGCGCAGCGUUGAGACGUCACAUGUGGACCCACACCGGUGGCAAACCAUUCGGCUGUGAAAUCUGCGACGCUCGUUUCGUCGGGAAGUACGACUUGAGGAGGCACAUGAGGAUACACACGGACAGGCCCAGGACGAAACGGAGGAAAAAUACGAGUAAAUCGAACGACGCCGAGGAGAAGGACAAGGAAGAGAGCAUCGCUAUCUCUGAGCACCCGGAUACGGAGACAGUCCUCAUCGAACAGGUCCUCUUGACCCAGGACGUGACGCAAGUCGUCAGGCAGCAAGAGUCCGAGAAGGAAAACGUCGACGCUUUGUUUAAUCUAAUACAGUACGGUUAAUGUUAUUCAUGCUGGUAUCUUUGAUCGUAUGCACACAAGCACUGGCUUUUAUUUAUAAACGCUUUCCCUUUUUUUACAAUCACGUCAAUUAAAUUGAAACGAACGAGAGAUUGUAACGGGACACCGUUCACCGUCUUAGGGAGCGCCACAGUUGACGCGUCUUCGAUUGUUAGGUCGCGAAACGAGUGUAUACGGUUCGAGGAGUGAUCGGAGAAGAUCCGGCAGUGACUAAUUAGCGAGACAUGUAAACUACUUAGGCAAAACUUCGUGAGUUUCAGAGAUGUUAGGAAGUAAAAGACACGCGUACUUGUUUUUAAUUUAGAGUCGGUCCACACGCCUGAUGAAUAUGGAUACUCAUCCGGAUCUUGGAGAAUGUCUCCAGUUAUAUUCUCCACUCGAGGAUCUUUGCAGAUUUGUUGUUUCUUUGGGCGUAGGGGUGAGAGCAUUUGGAUUUGUUAGAAGAUUCGUCUAGCUGAUCAUAGAAGGACUUUUUAAGGACUUUUGAGAAAAUAUUGAUUCGACGCAAUCUAGUGGAACUGAGUGCAACUUCAGUGGUAUUGAACGUAUCACGAAAUAGUAUAGACACAAAAGUGUUGUUUUUCGUUCACAGUGGAAGACUGUGAUACAUAGGUAAUUCUGGUGAAUGAUAAUAUGGAAAAAUUGUUUCGGAAUUGUUUACGAUGUUCGGAAAUAAAGAAGAGUACAUUCAUCCCCCGCUAAAUCAAUUUUAACUUGAGUCAAACGAAUAUAUGUAAAACAACGAGUCGUUGGAUUUUUUAUCUUUUUUUAUGACUAUCUAGAACCUUGCUACGCGUCUACUGUUGACAGUGAAAUAAUAUAUAUAUAUAGGUUAUUUAGCAAGAAGUAGAAGAAAUUCGAGAUCGUUUUUCUUGAUAGUACCAUUCGAGAAUCGUAAACAAAUGAAUACUGAAAUCGAAACUUUUUACUCUUGAUUUUCAUUUUAUGUUGUCACAAAGAAUCAUCCCUUACAUUUUCUCCUAUGGUUUGAAACACAUAUAAAUAUGGAUAAUUUUAGUUAGAUUUACAAUCAUUUUAUUGCACUUAUUUUUAAAAAUACCUUAAACUUUUAUUAAAGUACCAUAAGUAUUGAAAUUUUGAUAUUACAUUACAUGGUUGAGUAUUUGAGUUCAUUUUGAGACUUCAACGAAGUUAAAGAUACUCUUGCAAUUUGAUAAGACUUUUCUGUAUAAGAACAAGCGCGAGAUACUGUUUUUAAGUGCAUAGACAAUGGACGCGUAGCUAAAGUAGAACGAAACGAUGAUAUUUCGGUAAAAUAUACUUUCCUAAAGGUCUUAAAUGACCAAAUGUUCGAACAUCUACUUUAACCCCUUGGCGUAUUAUUUGCUUUCGCGACUGAGUUCAUAUAGCAUUUUACUAUCGACAAUUUGAAAGAAAUGCAACGAAAUUUUCUGUUCUAAUUUAAGUGGAAAUAUCAUUUGAAGAUAAUACAUUGAUAAUAGGAAAAUAGUUGUUUGCUUUUAUCCGUGAAAAAUGAACAACAUUCAGUUUUGUUAAAUUGAUCCAGAAAUCUUCAUCGCGAGUUUCACUCGUCAUUGUAUGGCAAGGGGUUAAUCACUAUAUAUAAUUUCCUUUUUGCUCUAUUUGAACAUCUGAUAUACAAAUUCUCCACGAAGCGUAGUAAUUUCAGCAUAGCUUGCGUUAAGAGUUUACACGCGAGAAAACGCGCGAUGGCUUUGUGCAAGUAACAUAUCUUCAUCUGCAACGAGAUGAAAAUUUAUUAAUGACUUUGUAUGCGUGCCUUUGAUUCUUAAUUUGAAAUGAAAUGAAGAUGUCUUACGGAAAUUGUAAAGGCGAAAUUUAUAGAUAUUUUUUUUAGUCAAAUAAAAUAUAUUAAUUCCAGUCUUUUCUUUUCAUUCACAAUUCUUUUGCGAUGCCGUGUAAUCGUUGAUUAGACGAAUGCAAUGAUUCCAAAAACGUUUUCAAUUGUACAGUACCUGAAGUUUGUAAGUUUCAUAUAUCUUGUUUUUUACGACUUUACAAGAACUUGAACUGUCGGUUUAUGGAUAAAUUUUGUCGCGAUAUUUCUGUGCAGCACACUGUGUAGGCAGAAGUCAUUUAUGGAAUGAAUGGAAGGAAGGAUGUUUAGAAAUGGUUAAAUAAUUGAAAAGACAAAAUGAAAUGGUGAAUUAAAAUCAUAAUGAAUAUUAUUUAUAUUAUGUAAUAUUUAUUAGUAUUAUACACUUGUAGCAUAAAGUAUAUAAAUUAUAAUGCAAAAGUAUAUAACUUAAUACUUGUCACGCAAUUCAGUGAAACGACUAUAAUUAAUUGAUUCGAUUUUAUUUGUCAAAUGAAAUGAUUGUUUUCUACUGGCAAAUUACAAUAAAGACAAAUGAC